AUGGCUAACAAUACAUCAACUCAUCCAGAUGUCAUGUACGAUAUUUCGCCACGCCCAGUAGGAGGCUGGCUCCUUACAGAAAAGAGGACACGAGGCCGACCCCGCCUCAGCGCUACUGCCCGUGGCGAACACUUGAAAGUCAUUCCCAGCGAACUCCACCGUCCGCAACACGUCCCAGCUCAGACUCUCGCCGACAUUGGCUACCACAGCCUCGACGACAACGAACCUGUCUUCGCACAAGCCAGGGCAGGAGGCAAAACCCGCCAGCUCCUCGUAGCACAAACCUUCUCACCACAGCAUAUGCACGAUCUUGGACACUGGGAUAAGCUUGUCGAGCUCCAAAGUAUCAUUCACAGGCCCGACAUGGCCAAAUACCUCAAAAUUCUGGACACACCCAGGAAUCCCAAGCCAGCGGGAACCACGCAUAACCUCACGUGGUCCGUUGCGCCGACCGGCGAGGAUGGAACUAUUCGACCGGGUAUUCUUGCCAAGCAGAGAGAUUCAUAUGUCUUGCGGAUGGUGGAGCUGGUCUCCGACAUUGCGUUCCAGAUGGCGAAGAGUGCGUCUGGGGCGUGGACAGAGGAGCAUGAACGACAGUGGAUUAAGGAAGCUUCACUGACGUGUGGGGGUGGGGAUAACAAAAGUACAAAUGAGGAUGUAAACAUUACCGGAACAGAUUCAAAUGCUGAAGGCUCUGAAGAACUCAGCUCAUCGUCCAACUCGACCAAGACACCAGAAGACGUCAUGGAGGAAACCCUCAAGGUAAAGUCUCACGUUCACAAGGCCAUCAACGACGAGCGUCGGCACUUCUCCUGCAUUCUUUUCCUUAACCACGUCCCAGAAGGCCAUUUCGUCGGCCGAUUCAAUAUCACGAACUUCCGACUUACAUGUACUGGCAUCCCAUUUUACUGUCUCGUCUUCUCAGCAAAUAAUCCGCAUGCGGGUAGCGGCUUCGCACCUUACGAAGCAGAUUUACCUGUGGAAUCGCCACUGCGCUUCACCCCUGUUGCGCCAGCUGGAGUGAAACUCCCGAAAUUGACUGCGGACUCGCAGUAUACCAGAUGCGUGUUCAUUGCGUACUCGCGCCAGGACUGUAUGCGAGUUCGUUCCAAGCAGCUAAACUCUACUAUUUUUGAAGAUCCGGGACUUGGUGGUUUCAUCACUCGGAAGGCACAGGCGAACUGGAAGAUUCGCCAUGCCAUUCGGGAUGGCAAAGACAUCGGUGUCAUCAAUCCCACCGUUGAUGACUACCUGGAGAAGUUCAGCUGGUUCGAGGAAGGCGUGAAGUGCUAUGAGGAUCGGAAAUUGGUGGAGGAUGCGUUGGCAUUAAAGGGAACAGACAACGAAGAGUGGGAAACGAUGUUAAAAGCCACUGCGUAUAAUAGCGCACACAUCAAGCGUGACCAUCCGACCCGAUACCAGGGCGCUAAGAGGAGAAAGGCUCGAGAGGCAAUACUGGCUUUGGGCGACGACGCGUACUGUACCCAAAUCACUUCGAAGGGUACUCGUUGCAAGUCGUUCCUUGCGAAGAAUAUCAAUGGCGUCAAGUUGUGUGGCAUCCAUUAUAAUAUUUUCGUAGCAUCCAAAAAUGGUUCUAUGGGAUUCAACGGAGAGGACUGUGAGAAUUUCCCUGGUAUGAGUCGGGGACUGAAGAGACAGCGUGAGGAAGAGAGCGAGGGAGAAGACGAUGAUGACGAAGAGGAUGAGGAGGACCAGAAUGAAAUUCAUCUCUCCAGCCGACCAACACGGAGAGACUCACAAGAUGAAGACUCUCUUGCGAACGGGAGCGCUACUAGAGCCAGCUGCGAAAGGAGUGCAGAUGCCUAAGUUGGUUGGCCUAGGCCGGGUAAUAUAAUGAGAUGGAUUGAUAUGGGAAUAGAUAGCAGGAGAAAGCAUAGAUUGAUAGGC